GCCUUGCAAGACAACAGAAGAACUUAAACAAAUCCCCUCCGUUUGCUCAUGGAAAAACACGGCAACGGAGCUUUUCUCGGAAGCAUUUGAGACUUUGAAGUAUUAACAUUUACUAACAAAGCAGGCACACACGGCUUACAACCAGACAGUGAAGCAAAGUUGCUCGGAAAAUUAUCUUUAGUGCUCUCUGUUUUUAUGUUAUAAGGGUAAAUUAAUGUUCAAACCCGUUAGCAAAGCGACUUCCUGUGCUGUUUAUGAGGAACAGAUGUGCUAGCUGACUAAAACUGGAUUAUAACAAUACUUAUAUCGCUUUUAAAAGCUUGGAAGCUGAUUAUGAUAAUUGAUACCAACUGGUGAGAAGCAUGGAGCUGUACUGGUACAUAGUCGUCAUAAUAUUUAUUAUGAUUAAGAUCUUUUUCUACAUCUGCUGGUACCGCUCAAGGCAAAGACAGCUCGCUGCAUACCUCAGCAAUCCCCGCAAUGCACAGAUAGUCAUUGUGGGUGGAAGAGCAUACCUGCACCAGAUCUGUGAAAGGCAAAAUACAUCAAUCUGGCCCAGUUGGUACGGCGUUCAGGAUGACGGCUCAGUGGGCGAACCCUCUGCCUCACUUCCACAGUUAUCCUCGCAGUCUCAUCUGGACAUGCCCCCUCCGUAUGAGGCCGUGUCGGGAGCAAAUGACCUGAAGCCUCCACCGUACAGCGAGUAUGCUCAAAAUGAUGACACUGAUGCAUCCCUUAGUAUCGCUAUCCCAGACAGCAAUGAUUCCAGUGCAAUCAGUGAUGCCCCACCUCCUUACACGCCUAGUGCCACCUCUCCAGCCAAUCAGCAAGUAGACAGCCACAGCCAAUCACAAUCAGAGGGAAGGUCAAGUUAGACUUUUCUCCUGUAUUAAAAACACAACAAGGGCUAAGCAACAGCUUUAGCCCCCAAAAGGUUGUUUGUUUUUUCCCAUCUGGACUUAAUUCUUCUUAAACCACUUGAAAUUAUCAGCAAAUUAUACAUUAUAUUUAACCAUUGGAGGUGGUUUUACAAGGAUCUUGCUCCCUGAUUCUCUUAUGAAAUCAGAGAAUUUGGGUUGUGCACAGUAUGCAGCAUAAAGAAUCAUACUGGCCUGAUGCCGCCAUCUGGCAGAGUGAAGCACUGCUCUGCCCACACUGGUUUACCCCGUGCAUUCAGUUCACCCAUGCCUUAUGCUCAUUUCCUCCAGCACUGACAGACCAUAGCCAUAUAACAGACACCACCUAAUCCAGUCAUUUCACUAGUUUAAACUUUGAACAGCUUUGAGCAGUCCUUAGGAAUAAAGGGAAAAUCAUCCAAAAACCUACAUUCUGUUUUCAUUUACUCAUCCUUUUGUUGUUCCAAACCCUUAUGACUUUCUUCUGUGGGACACAAAAGGAGCCUCAGUCACCAUUCACUUUCAUUGCAUCUUUUUUCCAGAUAAUGAAAGUGAACAUUGAUUUGGCUGUCGUUCUGCGUAACAUCUCUUUUUGUGUUCCACAGAAGAUAAAAAUUCAUACAGGAACAGCAUGAGGGUGAGUAAAUUAUGACAGAAUUUUCAUUGUUGGGUGAACAAUACCUUUAAUUCCACGAGCAUCACCACAGUGCAAAGGAAGUUAUAUCAUGUUUGGCUGCUUGAGGAACUGUAUAUAGGCUAGUGGGUUGAUCAGUGCCAAGUGGCAAGCGUGUUCAGCUUAGACAUUAUUGUUGACACAUUUCUUUUCUUUCUGAAGUCCCAAAGGGAGAGGUUAUACUAUAGAGGUCUAGCCUCAGGUUUAUUUAUAACCUCAGUUUAUGUGAUUUCAAAAAUAUUUUGCCCUCUGAAGCACUUUUAAUGUGUUGUUAUUGCCUUAAUUCUGUCUGUUGGUAAGUGUCCAAUAUUCAUGAAUCAACCGAGCCAGUGUGGAUAGUGUGGCUAAUGGUUAUGACUUGUGUAAAUGUGCAGCAGUCCUACUCUGUGUUGUAUUGCUUAUCAGGUUAACUUUAAUAGACUGAUGCAUUCAAGAUCACGGUGCCCUUAUUAACAAACUCUGCUAACUGAAAUAGAAUUUUUCCUGUGUGUGUUAGAAUGCGUGUGUGUUAAGGCAAACGUUAAUUGUGUGAUAAAUUCAAACUGAUCUUCCUCGUGAUAAUGUUGAUGUGCUUUAGUGAGCGCACGGAGUCAUCUCUGUGAAAUUGUCAAUAUACCCUCACAUAACGGGAUCAAUAAUUUUGUUUUGUUUAAAAAAAAAAAAAAAGUCUACAUGAACGGAUGUGAUCUAGGUUUGCUUUUAGAAUGUGUGUGUUUAUAGUUCUGUUUUCCCCCUGGUCACCCCAGUCCUUCAUUUUACAGUUUCAUUUAAUCAUAAUUUGAUUUAAUUUGCUAAUCCUGCAACAUGUAUUAUCUCAUUUAAACUGAAGUACUGUAUAUGCUAUUUUUGUAUUUAUGGAAAUACCCUUUGAAUCUCUUUCAAAAAUAAAGCUGGGUGAAAUGUG